AUGACUGAAAGCCGUUUUCCGCCUGAUAAAAGGAUUAUUUACAUCUCUCCUAAAGAGCUUUCAAGUCUGCCAACAGAUGGACCGAUUUAUGUACUAUCAACUACAGAAAACCCAGAACCCAACCCUUUAGCAAGUUGUAGCUCAACUCAACUUGGUGCAUCUAGCCAGGAUUCAUCUUCGGUCACUUGUUCAACGUUUGGUUCAACUUCAUCUACCAACAGUUCAAAUUAUUUUAAUAACACAUUAGUUCCAUAUUCAGUCCCUUAUCACGCUAACAUUCCAUAUCCUCCUCCUGUGGUUUCAACAAACUUAAUUCCUUAUGGAUUUUGCCCUCCUUUCCAACUUCCACCUUUUGUCGGUUCACAACCAGUUUCAUGGGUAACACCUACUUUCCAAAACCAUACCUUAUAUCCCCCAAGUGCCAAUGUAUUCCCACCAUCUGGUCAGUACAUUUACCCCUACCAAAACUUCCCUACUUUCCAACAGAAUGUUUCAUCAAAUUCAUACUUUCAAACAUUCAAUCCGUACAAACCACCUCCGUCGUUCAGUUUACCUCAGGUAACUUCGAAGCCCAGCAACACUUCUCUCAUUCAUAAUUCUGCUGCAGUUGUUACUAUUAGUAAUACCGUUACAUGUGUCGCGAGUACUAUGAAUACCAACAAUACCAAACAUUCUUGUUCAUUCAAUCGAUCAAACGAAGAAAAUGGAUCUUCAGAACCGAAUAACUCGAAAAGUGAAUCAACGUCAUCAAAACAAUCACAUCCUCUUCGAUAUACCAAACUGAUCUACGCUUCGGAACUUGAUUACUUUGCUUUUGACAGUAGUACUGGAUCGUAUGUAGCUACAAGUCAACUUAUUGAUCUGGAAGAUCGAUUUGAAAAUGAGGUGAUCGCUCGACGUCAUCGUGUUACUUUAAAUGAUCCAGUAAGGCAGCCUCCUGAACGUCCUACAUUAUCAGAUAGUGAGCAUCGACGUAAUUCCCGUGCUUCACAUCUUCAUCGUUCGCAAAAGUCGACCCACAAAAGUGAUACAGUGAAUUCAAUGUUUGACAAUAAUUCCGAUACUGAUGAUGACUACUUGGCGGUUAUUGGUGAUAACGCAGAAACUUCAAAAGAAGUUUACUUAUCGACUGAAUCUAUAAAUAAGAACUUAUCCAUCGAUCAUAAAAAACAUUCAAAAUCAUCAUCAUCUAACUCUCAUAAUCAUUUACGUAAACAUAAAGUCAAUAAUUAUGAAUCUAUUUGUGCAUCUAAUAACAGUAUUAAUAACACGAGUAAUAAUAGCAUUUUAAAUUCUGAUUGUCACACUGUCAAUGGUCAUUCCAUAGGUCAACGUAGUAUAAGACAACAACGUGAAGUCGCUUAUAAAAUUGAACAUCCUAAUCGUUUACAUCCUGAUAUUUGGCAUAAUGAAGCUAACGAGUUCAAUGAUGGUCCAGCUUGUUCUUGUAAACCGAAAUAUCGUAUCGGACCAUUACACAAUCAAUAUGAAGGUGAACAGCCUAUUCCGCUAUGUAUUCCAGAAUCCAAUAAUCAUGAUCGUCUUUAUCAUUAUCGUGUGAUUAUAUCACCGACAACUAAUUUUGUUCAACCAAUCCCGUCAAAAAUUACUCAUAAUGAACAUGAUUAUCUAUUUGAUGGCUUUUCACUGUUUAUGCAUUAUAAAUUAGAUAAGCCACCUCCAUGUCAAGUUCUACGUUUCAAUCUGUUAUAUGAUAUUUUCCCGAUUGAAGAGGAAUUCCCUCAGUAUUUUACUGUUCGUUCACUAGAUCUACUCACACAAUAUGUAUUCAUUGAAUUACUGGAGUUGUUAGAUUUAAACUGGAAACCAUAUGGAGCAAAGGAGAGCUGUAAUGUGAUACAUUUAAUGCCAAGAUUUAUACGUAUUUUGUCAAAUACUGUUACUACUACCAAUGAUAAUUUUUCGAUUACAAAUACUGCCACUAUUGCUAACAAUAGCAUUUCAGUAGAUAACAGUAAAGAACAUAAUAUCGAGUCAAAUAAAUCAAUCGUUUGUGUCGAUGAUAAUAGUCAUAAUAAUACAAUAAUUGGGGAAUUACUACCCGUUCAUGUAAUAAUGCGACACUGGUUAAAAGAGGCACUGACUCCGGUAAUUAAUAUGAUGGAAUUAUCUUCAAUACAGCGUAUGACUACAAUUGAAUGGUCAAAUCAUAUCGCUAAUUUACGAGGCACAUUAGCUUGCUUUCCAGGCAAAAAACCAUCAACUAUACGCAUAGAUCAAUUAGAUCGUCAAUCUGUAACAGGUCAAUCAAAUGAAACCAUAUUAAUUUAUCCACUCAUAGUACACAUGACUUAUACACCAAUGAAAUUAAGUUUAACACGUGAACCAAAGUAUAAAUGUGUGCUGAAAAAUUUUAUGAAAUUACAAUAUUUAAUGAUGAAUAAGCCAAGAAUUAGUACUUCUGAUCGUGUACAGUUAGUACAAUUAGCCAGUGAAUUGGAAGAGAUGGAACAUUCUGGGGUACAUCGACGUGAAGUUACUGUAGAGAUUAGUUGUGAAGGCUUUUAUCGAACUGGAAUACGACCAGAUAUACCACAAUAUGCAUUAAAUUUAGUCUCAUUAAUAGCUCACCUACGUUUUCAUAAAUCGUUGGAAAGUUUGGAGAAUCGUUUGGGAUAUACGUUUAACGAUAAGUCUCUACUACAUCAAUCCCUUACUCAUCCAUCAUAUCGGCGAACAAAUUUCGGUACAAAUCAAGAUCAUUUUCAAAAUUCAUUGGUUAGUUGCGGUCCACGUAUUUUAGAAUAUGGCGAUAAGCUAGAAUUAUAUAAGGCAUGGCGUAAAAAGGGUUUAACUAAAAUGAUACAGGUUAUGUCAUUUCUGCCAAAAAUGCAUGAAGAACGAUCGAAUAUUUAUGGGAAUGAACGAUUGGAGUUUUUAGGCGAUGCAGUUGUUGAAGUUAUCUCCAGUAUCCACUUAUUCUUCAUGUUCCCUGAAUUAUCCGAAGGUCAUUUGGAUGCGUACCGUCAAGCCAUCGUUCAAAACCAACAUUUAGCUGAAUUAGCUGUUCGUCUUGGCAUUCAUAAAUACUUGUUGUAUACUCAUAGUGUAGACUUUUGUUAUGAUUCUACAUUUAUCUACGCUCGAUCUGAUGCAUUUGAAGCUUUAAUGGCUGCAAUCACUUUAGACGCUGGACUUGAUAUUGUUGAUAGAAUAUUUGGCGCUGUUCUAUUUGGUGAUGAUGAAAGGAUUCAUCGUGUUUGGGUACAAAUCCCAUUGCAUCCAUUACAGUCACAAUGCCCUGAAGGUGAUCGAUCAUGGGCAACAAAAGUUCCAAUGCUUAAGAAAUUGUGUACAUUAGAAGAUACUUUGGGCAUAAAAUUUAAACACCUACGUGUACUUGCUCGUGCUAUGACUAUACGGAAAACUGGUUUUAAUUUUUAUACAUUGGGAGAUAAUCAACGUUUAGAAUUUCUUGGUGAUUCUUUGUUAAAAUAUGUAUCAACAGAUUAUUUAUUUCGACAUUUUCCACGACAUCAUGAAGGACAUUUAUCAUUGUUAAAAAAUUCACUAGUGAAUAAAUAUACACAGGCAUCUGUAUGCAGUGAGUUAGGCUUAGAAAAUUAUGUUAUACGUCGUGAAGAUAAUAGUAUGCAUAAAUACGAUUGUAACAUUAAUAAUUACAAUACUACUAAUAAUAACAUGUCGAAACAUUCAAAUCCUUCUUGGAAUACUACUUAUAUAAGUAGUCAAAACUCAAAUAUACUCAAAUCUAAACAAAAUAAAAAAGGUGGUCAAAAACAAGUUAUUAAUUCAGAUGGAAAUAAAAAUGGCAAUUGUAAUAAUCCACAAAAUCAGAAUGUAAAAUACAGAGCUGAUUUAUUGGAAGCAUUUAUUGGUGCAUUAUUUGUCGAUAAAGAUUUAACAUGGGUUGAACGUUUUUGUCAAAUAUGUUUCUGGCCACGUCUUGUUGAGUUUAUUUUAAAACAAGAAUGGAAUGAUGCCAAAUCAAAAUUACAACAAUGUUGUCUUACAUUUCGUUCAUUAAAUGAAGAUCCAGAAAUUGCACAUUAUAAAGUUUUAGAACAUAGUGGGCCAACUAAUCAACGUGUUUAUCGUGUUGGUGUUUAUUUUCGUGGUCAACGAUUAGCAACUGGUGAAGGUCGCUCUGUUCAACAAGCUCAAAUGGAAGCAGCUAAAAAGGCAUUGGAAUUACAUCAAGAUACAUUUCGUCAAUUGGAUUUUCAACGUUCAGUUAUUUCAAAACGAUAUAAACAACCUUAUAUUAAUAAAAUAUUGGAUCAAGUACAAAAUUGGGAUGAACAAUUAGUGGAAUAUUUUAUUUCAGAUAAACCUACAUCUACAACAGUUAUGUCAACCUUGACUUCAAAUACUACUACGAAUAAUAAUAAUAAUAAUAAUAAAAUUACUCCUAUAAAUACUGAUAGAAUGAGUAAUAGUGAAAACCAAACAAUGAAACGAUCAUUUCUAUCAAAACACAAUGACGAUACCAAUAGAGAAUUAUUAUUGUAUAGAAGUAGUAAACGUCGUUGUUUUGACAAAAACAUUUCUAAUCAAAAUACAUGUACAAAUGAAAAAACAUCAUAUCUCUCCGCCGUAUCAUCAGCAUCAACAUUUGGCACUUCUCCUUCAAUAUAUCUAUUAUCACAGACGUUAACUUCAAUUGAUAAUAAUGAGGUUGAUAUUGCAAUGAUCGACAGUAAAACAAAACGACUGAACGCGGUCGAAGACAUAGAAAAAAAGAACGAAGAAUUGUUUGCUGUAUUAAAUAACAACGACAAUGAUGACGUCGAAGACAAUAGAAACGAAAAAGAUGAGGAGGAAGAAGGUGAGAUUGUAGAAGACGAUGAUGAUGACUAUUGUGAUGAUUCUGGUAAUGAUAUCCCGAAUGAAAAACAUUGUAAAUGUAAAUUAAUUUUAAAAUGA